GCCAGCUCUCCUUUUCAGAGCGAGUCAAGCUUCAUUGCAACUCUGACCUCAGCACCAGCAUCUGCUUCCUGAAGCAAGAUGGUCAGCAUGGACAGACAGCUUCAUUCUGGAAGAAAACAGUGUUUCAGGGCAAGCUGAGUUUGCCAGAGAUCCUCACCCAACAGGCCAGCACGAUGGCUUUCCAAGGAGUGUGGACAAGUCCGAUCAUGUGGGUUUUCUACAGCAUGACCUCAGGUUUUCUCACUGAUGGAGCGACCAUUCUGCCUGCCCCACAAAACUUCUCUGUACGGUCAACCAACAUGAAGCAUCUGUUGAUGUGGAACCCAGUGACCCAGCCGGGGGAGACGGUAUUCUAUUUUGUGGAGUACCAGGGGGAGUACGAGAGCUUGUACAUGAGCCACAUCUGGAUCCCCAGCAGCCAGUGCUCACCUACCAAAGGUCUGGAGUGCGAUGUCACCGAUGACGUCACUGCCACAGUGCCAUAUAACUUCAGGGUCAUGGCCAUGCUGGGUUCACAAUCUUCAGCCUGGAGCAACCUGGAGCACCCCUUUAAUCGGAAUGCAACUGUUCUCACCCCACCCAGGAUGGAGGUCACUGAACAUGGGCUGCAUCUGGUUGUUGAGCUGGAAGACCUGGGGCCCCAGUUUGAAUUCCUUGUGGUCUACUGGAGGAUGGAGCCUGGUGCCGUGGAACGUGUCAAGGUGGUGAGGAGUGGGGACAUUCCAGUGCACCUAGAAACCAUGGAUCCAGGGGCCAUGUACUGCGUGAAGGCGCAGGCGCUGGUGAAAACCAUCGGGAGGCACAGUGCCUUCAGCCAGCCUACGUGUGUGGAGAUGCAAGGAGAGUCCCUUCCGCUGGCGCUGGCUCUGUUUGCAUUCGUUGGCUUCGUGCUGAUUCUUGUGGUUGCACUGCUCUCCGUCUGGAAGAUGGGCCAGCUGCUCCGGUACUCUUGCUGCCCCGCUGUUGUCCUUCCGGACACCUUGAAAGUAACCAGCUCAUCCCAGAAGCUGAUCCGCUGCAGAAAGGAGGAGGUGGACGCCUGUGCUGUGGCCGUGCUGUCCUCUGAGCAUCUCUUUGGGGUCUGGAUCUCGCAGACUUGAGAAGCACUUGAUGGGUUAACAGCCUGGUUUGCAGGACCCAGAACCCUGGAUGGGGAGGGCUGUGUCUCUGUUUUCUCUGUGGACAAAAGACAAGAGAGGUAACAGGAGCCUGCUGUGUGCCUGACUAGUAGCCACCAUCGGACGCAAAGUGGCGCGACCCAACCAAGAGUGACGGAAAUAGUCUGGAGAAGUGAUCCCCAGACCCACAGUCACCAUAUGCUCACUGAACAACAGUGGAGAAAAUGGCUUUGUCCCUGCGGACCCCGCUUUGUCACUGUAGUGGGGGCUAAGGAGACUGUUUAAAUGGUCUCUCCCCUCAUCUGUGUAUGCAUCCAAACCAGCACCUGCAGGUUGGCAAGGAGACUCGUGGCACUGUGCAGGACGGUGAGCUCCGAUCUUGGACGGUGGGGUAUGCGUGAGCACUAAAAACGAUGGGUACUCACCUGGACGCAUAAUCUUGGCAUUUAGGAGGAGCAGGAGAGAAAAUCACAAGUUCAAGGCAGCCUGGACAACAUGGCGAAACCCCAUCUCAAGUGAACAACUGAACAGCCAAGAGUAAUGAAACUUUUAUCGAACCAAACGCAGACUUCUUUACCAGAGGAAACCGAGGAGGGAAGGAGGAAUGGGAGCGCUAUUUCACUUCAAGCCAAAUCCUGAGAUGGUAGAUGAGCAAGCUUUGCUGCGGGCGACAUCGAGGGAGGCCAUAGGCAUCCAUGAUGGGACACACAUGGAUGCUGCUGUGGGUUCAUGGAAUGUCAUCAGAUCCUAGGACCCGGUCCACGGUAAAUCCCACAGGCUCUCUUCCUAAAAACAGUUCACUCAGGGUUUCUCAGCCCCUCCCAGAUGCUCACCAGGAACCCCUGACUAGAGAGAGGCACUGCCAUUUCUUACUACCUCAGGCAGGGAGGUAGGGGUGGGGGACAGCUUGAGUCAGAGGAAGAAGAAGGAAGGGAAGUGGCUUCAUCUCUCCCUGCAGAGUCAGGCUCACCACCCCCUCCCAACUCUGGAAUCUAGAGCUGGUUUGCCUCUGCCCCAACUUCCUGUGUCUCUCCCGCCAGACAAGGGUAGAAACAGUGUAACUGCUUCAACCGUGUGUCUACUCCAGGAGAAAGGGCAGCUAUGCACGGUGUGCGCUGAGAUGCCCUGCCUUUCUUCCGUUUUGUUUAUUUCUGCCUUGACUCUUUUGUGAAGCGAAUGUUAAUUUUGUAUUUCAACUAGUCUGGAAACAUAUGUGCUAUUUACAGAAUUAAAAUUUGCAUACUUAAUUGGCCCUCGUCUUUUUUCCCCUCUCUUCCCUGCCCCCUUACCCCAGGGACCUCGUCCCUCUGUUACCUAAGAUCAGAAUAAAGAAGUAACCCUGGCCUUC